AUGGUUUUCUUCUCAUGCGGAUUGUGUGGUGAGCAAAUUAAGAAACCUAAAGUCGAAAAGCAUUUGGGACGAUGCCGCUCAAAUGAAUUGACUUGCAUUGACUGCAACGUCACGUUUAACAGAAUGUCUUACGAUGGGCAUAAAUCGUGUGUUACUGAAAAUGAAAGAUAUGGAGGCAAAGACUACGUUGAAAAAGGAAAUAAGGGCGACGAAAAGCAGCGAAUUUGGCUUGAGAAGAUAACCACGGCGAUGAAAAAGGCGAAAUUAAGCCCAGCUGGAAUGAAGGUUUGGAAAAUGCUCGAAAAUGGAGGUUUCGAAAAUAUUCCAAGAAAGGAAAAGAAGUUUGUCAACUUUGUUAAAAACUCGCUGAACAUGCGGGAUACAGGCGGCAUUGACGAAGUUUGGAAGAUCUUCGACGCUGCUUUUGAGAAGCAAACCCCAACAACGCCGGCUAAGAAAGCCAAAAGUACAGCAGUAGAAGUGAAAGCGACAGGAGAUAAGCCAUGGUGGGAACAAUUUACUCCUACCAAAAAGAAGAGUGGCAAAGAAUCUUCAAGCUCCGAUGCUGAUUCUGAGUCCGAAGAGGAAAAACUUGCGAAAAAGACGCCACAGAAAAAGAAGACUGUAACGAAGCGAAAGAAAGAGAGUAGCUCUUCAAGCUCAGACUCUGAAGAAGAGCCAGCUCCUAAAAAGGAAGUCAAGAAAGUCAAAAAUGAAGCCAAGAAAGCGCCGAAGAAAGUGAAAUCCUCAUCGUCGAGCUCUGACAGUUCCGAUGAGGAAACGCCGAAAGCACCAGCAAAGAAGAAGUCAAAAGUUGAAUCCAAGAAAGCUCCUAAGAAGGAAUCAUCGUCUGAAUCUUCUUCGAGCGACGAGGAAGAUGCGCCUAAGCAGACUUCGAGCCCGCUGAAAAAGAUCGUCAAAAAAGUGCCGAAAAAAGCCGAGUCAAGCCCUGAUACGAGCUCUUCCGAAGAAGAUGCUCCAAUUAAAAAGAAAAAGACUCUCCCACCUAAAAAGACCUCUCCUGUAGCCAAACCUGUGCCAAAGAAAGUGGCCGAAAAUAGCUCUUCUGAAUCAUCAUCAUCGUCGGAGGGAGAGCGAAAGGCGCCAAAGAAGGCUCCUGUGAAAAAGCAACAAAACAAAAAGGCGAAAGAAUCCAGUUCUUCGUCUUCAAGCUCAUCCGAGGAAGAACCCGCGCCCAAAAAGAAAGUCGAAGCUAUAAAAGCCCCUGUUAAAAAGACUCCGGCGAAGAAGGAGUCUAGCUCGUCUUCUAGUAGCUCCUCUGAAGAUGAACCUGUGCCAAAGAAAAAAGCUCCUGUGAAAAAACUGCCAGCGAAAAAAGCCGAAAGCUCUUCAAGUUCGAGCUCAUCUGAAGAUGAAGCUCCCGCUCCGAAGAAAGUAGUUGCUGCGGCUCAAAAGAAGAAGGCAACAGCGAAGGAGUCCAGCUCUUCUUCUAGCUCUGAGGACGAAAAGCCCGCUCCUAAGAAAGUUGCACCCUUGAAAAAAGCUGCCCCAGUGAAAAAGCCUCAAGAAUCCUCUUCGAGCAGCUCUUCAUCGUCGGAAGAUGAAAAACCAGCUCCCAAAAAGUCUGCGACUCCGGCAAAGAAAAAGGUCCUGACAAAGAAAGUGCAAGCUUCAUCUUCAAGUAGUUCCUCCUCAUGCUCCGAGGACGAGGCCCCCGCCAAAAAGAAAACGCCAGUUGUAAAGAAAUCUCAGCCUGCUAAAAAGGCCAAAGAAUCAUCAUCGAGUAGUUCUUCUUCAUCGUCAUCAGAGGAGGAGAAGCCAGUUGCUAAGAAAAAGGCCAAAGUAACAAAAGAUGCAACAUCUGAUUCUGAAGACGACUCAGCAUCAAGUGGUAUUGGAUCAGAUGAAGACGCAAGCCCUGUCAAAAAGCUGAAAAGCCUCAAACACCAAACAAAAAAAGUCCACUCGAACAAGGAUGACUACAACAAGGAGCGUGACUCAAGAACGAUCUUCAUCAAGAAUCUGCCAUUUGACACGACUGUCGAUGACUUGUGGCAUGUUUUUGGAAAAGACGAAGAAAUGACGAUUGAUUGCCGCUUUAUCAUGAACCGUGAAACUGGAACGCAUAAGGGACUCGCAUUUGUCGAAUACGCGUCAAGAGAAAAGUGCGUUGAGAUGUUGGAGAAAAAGUGGAAAAUGAACGGACGCCCGGCGAUCGUCAUGCAAGCUGGAACAAAGAAGCCGGCUACGAAUGGCACGCCUGGGCCAAACUCCGGUCUCAGCCAAGAUGAACGCGACUUACGAACGCUUUUUGUCAAGGGACUUCCCUUUUCGUCUACUCCUGAUGAUUUGGUCGAGCUGUUUGGUUGUCUACAAGCCCGAUUGCUCAAAGAUCACGCUGGACAAUCCAAAGGAAUGGCUUUCUGCGAGUUUGAAACCCCCAGCGCAGCGGAUGAGGUGUACAACUACGCAGACGGGUACGAACUUGGCGGAAGAUGGUUGCAGUUGGACAAACUCCGCCCAAAAAGUCAAAUGAAUGGCGGAUCAACUCUAAAAUUUGAAUUGCAAAUCGGAGAUGAUCCGAGAUGUUUGAGCAUUGAGGCAGCGGCGGAGAGCAAGGUUGACUGGACUUAUGUUUUUGAAGAGAGGGAUCAGAAGACCAGAGAAUGGGUCUUGACAAAGGAAAAGCAGGGAGUUCAUAUUGAAGUCACGCCAAAAGGUGAUGAGUACCCACUUCUCAGCAAGUCUUAUUCUGGUAAAGGAAAGUUUGUGUACACCACGCAAAAACAUGGAAUGCAUACAAUCUGUUUUUCACCGGCAAAACUGCAGGAAGAGAAUAUUCGACUUACCCUGUCCCGAAAAAUUGGCGCUUUUGAAAACGAGGAGAUUAUCGCAGAAAUCGACGAUUUCUUCCAUUUUUCCGAGGCCGAAAAAGUGACGAAUCUACAGUUUGAAUUUGGAAAGACGAAAAACCGAGUGGAUCAGAUUUUAAAGGAGCUCAAUUAUCAGCGAUCGAGAGAAGGCGAUUUCCGAGAAAUCAGUCAAGAAGUGAAUGAUGCUGUCUUGAAAUUUGCUUUUAUACAGGUUCUUGUUUUGGUUAUUCUGGGCGGAUGGCAAAUUUACAACCUCAAAUCAUUCUUUCUCUCGAAGAAACUAGUCUAG